UUAAGCAAAGAUGCCAAUUCAAUGUAUAUUUAUUCAACCCAAAGGUCCUCAUCUCCAUACCAUCGUCAUCAUCUUUCAUUUUCAUCCGACUAGUAGUCUAUUGCAUUAGCAGUUUCAGGGAGAGAGAUCUAGAGAGAAAGAAUGGCUGAUUUAUUCGACAAAGCUAAGCACUUUGUGACAGACACAAUUGAUAGCUUCAAGAAAGUACCAGAAGCAACACUGACUGAUGUAGAUAUCAAAUCUGUUGGAUUUACUUCAGUGACUCUGCUGGCAAAGAUCUCUGUCAACAAUCCAUACAUCACACCGCUUCCCAUGGUUGAAGUUGAUUACACCCUCAAAAGCCAUACCAAUGUUAUUUUGACCGGAAAAGUGCCGGAUCCAGGUAAUCUGAAGGCAAGCGGGAUAACAUUGCUUGAAGUGGACGUGAAAGUGCCUUAUAGUAUUUUACUGAGUGUUGCAAAAGAUGUGAGUACAGAUUGGGAUCUUGAUUAUGAAUUGUUGUUGGGUCUUAUCAUUGAUCUUCCAUUGAUCGGUAAUAUCACAAUUCCACUAUCCCAAAAGGGUGAAUUCAAGUUACCUUCCAUCACUGAUUUCUUCAAAGGAAGAGGUACUGAAGCAACUGAGGAAGGAGAGGAGAAAGAAAAGGAAAAGGUCUCAACAUCUGAAGUUGGAGUUUCGAAAGAUGAUAAAUCUGAAGUUGUGGUAAGACAUGUUGAAGAAGUUGAUGAAGUAAUCCAUAUCUAUGCUGAUGGGACUAAGAAAUCUGAAGAUUGAUUUGAUUUUCUCAAUUGAUUUUGGUUGUGGGGAAAACUAAAAGUCUUGAUCUUUGAUUAUUAGGUGUGGCCAUCUUUUUCUUUUGUUGUUAUCUUUUCUUCAGAAUAAAGCAAUGCUGUUCUUUGAUUUCUAAUGUUCACUAUUUAGAAAUGAAAAAAAUCAAUGAAAGACCAAGUUUUAUUGUU